CUUGGUUUGAUGCACAAACACACUUACACAACAGACUGACAUGAGAAUAAUGAAUGUGCCUGUCCUGCCUGAUGGGUCUUCCCAUCUCACGACCAACCAACGCCUGGCUGAUAGAUGCAUCGACAAUAAGCAAGGAAAGCCCAGUGGCUGACAACACACAUGACACUAGCUGUCGAUCAGCCAGAGCAGACAGAAUGAGUGAGUGAGCAAAGCUGCAUGUGCCAGGAGCAGCAAAGUGCAGCGAAAGCGAAUGAGAGUGAGAGAGAGAUGCUACGUGAAAGGUGGACGAAAAGUGCAGCAAAUCAGUGUUUUACACAUGGCUACAGCUGGCUGGCUACCAUUCCCUCCAUCCCUCCAUCUGUCAGUCUAGUACGCGUCGGGGGGCACAUAAUCCUCCAUCGAGAAGACCACUUUAGAAAUGGGCGGCUUCUUCCUCUCUUUCUCAUCAUGGCCACCCCCCUUAUCCCACGACCCACUCACCAACCAGAAAGGGUCACUCUCAUCACCACCACCACUGCCCCUCCUCCCACCUCGCCCACCCCUCCCUCCCCUCUCCCCCUUGCCCUUGGUGCCUCUGGGAGGCGCCUGCCCUGAUAUCGACGGCAGCUCCUUUCCAGCAAUCGAGCUUGAUGAAGAACUGCCCUCCCAAGGAGAGACGGAAAUGCUCAGCACCGACGGCCGCCUCACUGCAGCAGCCGCCCUGGGGGGUGACUGUCUUGGUGGCGAGUGGGAGGGGAGCGGUCGCAGCGCAGCGGCGAGCUGGUGCAGGGGGAAGUCGCGUGUGGGUGUGGGUGGGAAGACGGCAGCUGCUGGCCUGCAAAGGGGAGGGGGGAUGGGUGUGGGGCGGUGGGUGGCUGGGGUGGUGGCUCGGCUGCCCCUGCUGAGAGGCCUGUCGGGUGUGGGCGUGGGUCUGUGUGUGGGGGCGUCGCUGAUGCUGCUCGUGCGACGCCGGGGCAGCGGCGCUCGCUUGGCAAAGCGAGGAGCAUGGGGCUUGACAAGAUGCUCACCUGCAAUACACACACAUGAUGACACAGACCCACAGGUGCGUGUGUGUAUGUGCCCCUCUCAAUCUCUCUAUGGAUGCACUGCACUUGAUUCGUACGUUGUUUGAUUCGGUCGACUUCGUCUUUGGCUGUGGUGGCGAUGUAGUCGAGGCUCUCCAUCAGGUCGAUGUAGGUGGGCUGCCGGCCCCCUCCCUCACCCACACCCUCCUGUGUUGGGGAGAUCGGCACCGACGGGCGCGCACCGUCCUCGAGCAGCCGGUGCAAAGGCAGCUGCUCCUUGGCCAUACCCUGCGCCACCUGCAGACAACACACAGGGGUGGAUAGAUGGGAUGGAGGCAAAGGGUGCCUGCUGAUGGGUGUGUCUGUCGCCAUCAAUGGCUGGCUGACCUGUUUGAGGUAAGAAGAGAUGAGCUUGUCUCUCUUUCUUCUGGCGCAGAGGGCCGCCAGCCGCUCCUGCUCCCUCUCCCGAUUCAACUGCACACCACAAGACAGCCACAUGAAACCCACACACAACACAACACCAGACACGUCUCUGGUGCCAGCAUCCCUCUCUCUCACCAGGUAUCCCUCCUGAAUCUGCCGCUGGGUCAGCUUGUGCAUCGCGCGUUUCCUGUCGGCCUCCUCGGCGGCUCGCUUCUGCAGCGCGUCCCUCGCACACGCCUCUACCUGCCGCACCGUCCGCGCCUUGUCGCAGUUGGACCGGUGUGUCGACUCGCGCUCGUCACCUAUCUCACGAAGCCGCAACCUGUGUGUGUGUGUGGAAGGCCCAUCCAUCCAUCCAUACAACCAGAGAGAGGCGGUGGGGGGGAUUCUUACGGACCCUCUUUCGAGUGCGUUGACUUGUUUGGCGAAUCUGUUGACGAAGUCUGCCGUGGCGGCCGCGGCAGCCCUCUCCUCCCGCCGACGCUCAGACAACAGACGGGUCAUCCGACGGGCGGUCUCCGUCUGCACACAGACAUCAACAUCAACAUCAAUCAGUCAAGCAGAUGGGUGUCUGUCCGUCCAUCCACCAAGGUAAGGUACCUCAGCUUCGUGCUGGAAGGCGAUGCCCUGUAGAGCGUCCCUCUCCUGGUUGAAUGUCAUGCGCCGCUCUCUGUUAGUCAGCCAGUCGGCGAAGGCGCGCUCGGCCUUGAUGUGCUGCCGGGCCGCUCGCACGUUGCCCCAACUGGCAAGCCGCUCGGCGUCACGCGCCGUGUGCUGCUCAAGGAUGGUAUAACGCUGCAGCAAACAAAUGGGCAGUAAACAGGACGUGUGUGUGUGUGUGUGUGUGUGUGUGGAGAUUGCCCCACUGCGCACCUCUUGGAAGGAGCCAUAUGCGGCCGCCGCGCCCAUGAAGGCUAUGAGUCUUCUCUCCCACUCGCUCUUGUAGAAGGGAGGCACCUUGACGGGCCGCUCGCUCUCAAGCAGCACAUCAGGGGCGGGGGAUGGCCUCACCCGCACCCCCACACCCAUCCUGCUCCCACUCGGCAGCUCCGCCAACUCAGACAGAUCAAGCCGCGGCACGUGCGGCCUCGUGAUAGGUACGGGUGCCUCCAGCGGCUCUACAGGUGCCUCCUCUUCCUCUUCCUCUCCCUCUCCGUCACCCUCCUGUAUCUCGCCCGCUGGCAGGGCCCUCUCGAUCGACUGCAUAAGGGAAGAUUCCGUGAGGCUCAUCUGCUGGGAGAUGCUCACGCCCAUUUCCUCCUCCAUAUGGAAUCUGUCCGGCUGCUCUGCUGCCUCUCCCUCUCCCUCUCCCUCUGCCUCUAGCUCCUCUCGCCAGAGUGGGUGUGAGGGUGAGAGUUCCAGUGGGAGGCCACGCCUGUCGGCCUGCUGCACGUGUUGCUGCCGGAUGGAUGCGGGCGUGACGGGAGACAUGUCGCCGGCGGCUGGAGGUGGGGUGGGGCUGCCGACGGCGGGGAAUGACGAUGUCGUGCCGCCCAUCAACGCCCUGACACACACAUAGACACACACAUACAGAGAGAGCGGGAAGACUGCAUGUGUGUGCGUCGACAUCCGCUGACUUGAUGGCUUCAUCAGCGGGCAGUGCGUCCCCCCUGCUCCUUCUCAGCAUGUGCCACCACAUCUCCGCAGGCGGCAUCACCACCCCCGCCUCUCGCUGCUCAGCGACAUCCCCCAGCAUCCCCGUCAUGCCCCUCCCCCGCCUGAUGGCCCUCCGCCUGACCUCCUCCACCAUGCGCCUCCUCUCAGUGCCCAGGAUGUACUUCUCGGUGCGGCCAAGCUGCGCGAGCACCUCCGGGUCGUCGUCGUCGCGCUGGUGGUCCUUGGUGAUGGGCUUGAGGCCCAAUAGCUCACGGUGGGUGAGCUGGAUGGGCGUCUCGGAGAUGCUGAAUGAAUGGAUGGAAGCGACAGAGAGAAGAUCAGAUGAGAUGGGUCGGUGUGGUGGGAGUGUGCGUACGCUUCGAGUAGAGCGAGGCGCUCUGCUGCUUCGUCGAAGAGGGGUGCCUCCUCUCCCGCAGCACCACCAGCCGCCGCUCUCCUGCCGUCAUCAGCCCCUUUCACCCGCAGCCUCCGUCUUCUCUUGAUGAGGCCGGUUGCCGUCAGUCUGUCCUCGCCAGGCUUGAAGCUCACCACCAGCCGAGUGCCACCCGUCCUGUCGCGCAUGAGGCCCUUCUCCCACCCACCGGGCAGCGCACGCCGGUCCAGGUCUGCUGCAGCAGCUGCCGCAAAGGCCGCCGCACCGGCAGCAGCGGCAACAGAUGCAGAUGCCGCUGCACCGACGUCUGCGGCUCUCUCCACGUGCGCUGCCCGCUGCCUCUGUCUUUCACGCGACAUGUCGAUGGUCGACACAGACAGGUCUUCGCUCUCCUUGUCGUCCUGAUCGCCGCGGAGCCUCCGUGGAUGGAUCCACACAGCGGGGCUCGGUGCGCGGCUGCCUCGGGCGCUUUGGGUAAGGGGGGUGGGGAGGGCGCUUAUGGCCGGUAGCUCGUCAUAGCCUGCUUCGACACCUGGCUCGAGAAUCGUCACCGAGCCUCGCUGUGAGAGGGUGCGCCGGCGCUCAAUCGCGGCGCCGUCAAUCGUCCCAAUCGUCAGAAACCGGGCUGGCACACCAGCACCAGCGGCCCCCUCCACUGCCCGCUUCUCCCUCGCCCUUUGCUCAGCUUUCUUGGCCUCCAUUCCCUCGGCCGUGAGCACCAUUGCAUCCGCCACUUCCUCUGCCAGCGGGGGUGGCACCGAAUGAAGGGACUCUUCCUCUUCAGCGCUAGAUGGAGACGUCCUGAGUGGCUGGCCGGCCGCUUGAGACCGCCGGGCGGCCGCAGCGGGCCCCUCCACUGAUGAAGGUGUGAUGUGGGAGAGAGAGGAGGGCGCGAGGGAUGGGGGGAGAGGGGGCUGGGGCUGCUGCUCCUCCUCUUCUGGCGGGGUCUCCGCCUCCUUUGGGAAGAAGCUGCUGAUGAUGUCCUUCAGCCGACGGGACCGACGGCGUGGCUCAUCCAGCCCUCCCACCUACAGACACACAUAGCUAGAACGAUGCACCACACCACACUGCACGUAUGGCUCUUCUCCCCCAUCUCUCCUCUACUCCCUCUCCCACCUCACCCGCACAAAUCUGGGGCUGAAGUCGUCAGCUGUGAGUGCGGCUGUCCGCCCUCUCCUCACGCCAAUCCCCGGCACACCGCUGCCUCUCGACCGAGAAGAGGAUGAAGAUGACGGCGGCGCCAUCGACGUCGGCCGCCGCAUUGUGGUCAUCCGCCUGACAGGCGCGACGGUGAUGGGCUCCUGCGGCGGGGGUGCGAAGGGCCCGAUGCUGUAGACGUCCCACAGGGCGAUUAGCCUGCAGACCAGAGAGAGGCAUCCAUCCAUCGACAGCCACUACACCACUGUGGGUGGCUGUGCCUGCCUUUCGGCGAAGUGUGGUGCGACGACGUCGGCUUGCGUGAAGAGGGGAACGAACGCCUGGUCCCUGCCGUCGUAUGUGGCGAGGAAGAUCGCCAGCGCCGCCUGGCGGACCGCCUCCUCUGACGAGAAUCGAAGCGCUCUGCAUCCAUCCAUCAAGGCAUCCAUCGUUCCCACGCAUCCAUCUGGACAUCCAUCGUGUAUCUAUGGUAUUGAUGCACUGCACCCCACCUGAAGGACGCCUGCAUCCCCCCUCUCAUGAGCUGGCUCUGCGGGCCCUCCUCACCGCCCUCAUCCGCAGCAGCAGCAGCUUGCUUCUCUUCCCUUCUGACAAGACCGGCGGCCGACCGUGGCGAUCGUGUUGCUCGGGGCGAGAAGCCCCCGCCGCUUCUACGCAGAGAUGGCGACAGGUCCGCCGGCGGCUGCGGCUGCGCCUUGAGCCGCUGCAAAGCCUCCUGUGCGGUCUCGCUGAAGUUGACGACCUGCCCAGAGAGGAGGGUGAGGGUGUUGCCCUGCUGCAGCAGUCUCGCCUGAGCGGCCUCAUCGAGAACCAUGCUCUCUUGCUGCUGCUGCAGCUGCUGCAUGGCAGCGGGGAGCUGCUUGGUGGUGAGUUUCUUGUUGAGGAGGAACUCGUGGAGCGUCUGGGCCUGCUGCAUGGUGGCGGCCCUCUGGGGGGAAGGAGGCGUGUCGGCAUAGAGCCGCUCGCGGACGGCCUCCGGGUUCUCCAUGCAGUCGUGGAUGAGGUCCAGACAGAGGGAGGGGAGGAAGAAGGACAGAGACGACAUUCGUGCGUUGGACGUGAUGAUGUCCCUGGCAAACCAGAAGAGAGCAGGGGUGUGAGGGGGCACGCCGAGAGGAUUGUCUGUCGCUAACUUGAGGCCUGUGGUGGCUUUGGUGUCCUCCGGAUUGACGAAGGGGAACGCACCGCCAGUCGACUUCGCCAGCCAACGGGGAGGACCUGACAAAGAACCACACCCACAUCACCCAUCGCCCACACACCAAUGCAUACAUGUAUGCGGGUCGUCAGUCAGCUCACAUGCUCUCUUGCCCGUGGCCGUCUCGUCCUCAGCAAAGCCAUCAAACGACGGCGCGUCCGAAUCGGCCGGUGUGGCGGUGAGCCGUCCGAGAACGGGCGCAGACUUGGACAGAGUAGCGGGGCCGCUGAUGGAUGGAGGAGUGACGAACGAGGGCAGUCCGGCGGACGAGAGGCCCAGCCAGAGAUUGGCUUCGGGGAUGUUGGGCAUGAACCUGCACGCACACACGCACCAAGGCAUGGAGAGAGAAGAGAGUGGUGUGCUGGUGUCUGGGGGAGGUGAGGCGAGGGUCCCUACCGUCUUCUCUUGGCGAUAUCGUCGAUCUGUUUGAAGAGGUUGUCCUCUAUGAAGAGGUACUUCUUGCGAGCCGUCUUCAGCAGAAACGCCUUCAAAGACGCCAGGAAACGGAGCCGACGCCUGCACAACCAUGACAUACAUACGCAAUAACCACAACAACAAAACACAUUUACACAUCACACCGACCGGACCGCAAUGCAUCCCCCCCACCCAUGGCGAGGUCGCUCACUUGAGGUUGUUCCACCGCCAGUAUCUCUGUAUGCAGAGCGCUGCCCGCCGCACCAGCACCGCCGUCAUGAGCGGCAGCCGCAGCUCCAGGCGGGACCGGUGGGCCCGCCACGCCGCCUGCACCAUCGUGGCCGCACACGCCCUCUCGGCCGACCGCUCCAUAACGAAUGGCACCGCAGGCAGCCGCAAGAGAUCCCACUGAUGUGAAGCAAAGGGUGCACGCAACACAUGGGUUCUGUUUGUGGCUUGCCCUCUUACGGCGUAGAAGGGCAUUCGUUUCUUGCUCUCUGCCAGUUGCUCGGCGCUGGUCCCCCUCUCGCCGACCUCUUUGCUGAGCAUGCACACCGAGCUGAGCAGGCGGAUCAUGUGCACGGCGAAGUAAAAGGUUGGCGGGCGCCACUUGCUCAUCCGCUGGGUCAGCCACGUGCAGUCGCCAUAGAGCUUCACGCCCAGGAGGUCGUCAUAGAGGCCCCCAUGGUCCCACCGCACCUUCGACCCCCCAAUCCCGAAAUCCAUCCUCACAUCACCAUCCCCAUCACCACCUCUCGCCCUUUUCCUCUCGGCCUCAUCAGCCGCCCACAGCGGCUCAGAGGUCGGUUGGUGUCCGUCGUCUGUGUCCAUGCUGCCUCGUUUCUUCUUCUUGCCGAUGCCGUCUGGCGCUGAGUGUGGCUGCAUGGAUGGGGGAGGGGGCGAGGGCGGGGGGGAGGCCGCUGCGCUGUCAUAUGGGGCGGGGGGCUGGGAACAAGACGCAAGGAAGAUCGUCCUGUCCCGGCCACGCACCGCCGUACCACGCCUGUUCUCUCAGCACACAUACAUACCAGACAGAGAGGGCGAGGAAGAAAGAGUGAGAGACCCCUCGAUAGAUCGGUGGACGAAGGCAUGUGUGUGAGCACCUCACCUACCGUUUGAUUUUGGCGAGUCUUCUGGCGACCUCCGGUGAGGGUGUGUCGACAACGCGGUGGAAGGGGCCGCCCCAUGGGUGCAUCGGGAAGCGCGUGGCGGUGUGGGUUGAGGUGAGCUGCCUGGCGGGGCGGAGGAGGGCGGACGCCUCAAGGUGCAGCAGGAGGGUGAUGGAGCUUGACCGAGAUGGGAGGUCAUCCGCGUCGGGGAGCCUGACGCACCACAGAAAAGAAGAGGGACGAUGGAUGUGUGUGGCGUGUGUGGUCUUAUCAUGCAUGAUGCGGCAGGGCCGCACCGGAUGGCGCGCAGGUGGCCCUCUUCGAAGGUGAUAGGCUGGUCUCCCAAAUCGGGACACGCAGACCUGCACACACCAGUCCAAAUUCGCCUCUCUCUCGUCUUUGUCUCCAACAUUUCCCCACGUGUCUGUGCCUGCCUGCCUGCCUGCCUGCCUGUGGUAUCUGGCGACAUGUGCGAUGAUGUCCCUCAUCUGGUCGUCAUAGCUGCUGGGGAAGUGCACCUCCCAGUGGUCCCGACCCUGCCUCAGCCGCAGCAUGUCGGCGAUGAUCUUGCUGCGCGUGUAGACGCCCCUGUACGCCCUACUGAACAGCCGAGCCGCCUUCCUGUGACGCCACUCCUCGCGCCGCUUCCGCACCCAGGAUCUCACAUACCGCGCGAUUGUUCGCAGCGCUUUCGCCUGCAGACAUAUCCCAUACCAGGAUACACAAACAAAUGCACCAAGCGCCUCUCUCUCUCAGAAUUAUGACACGUGUGCUCACGUACUCUUCGCAACUCGUGAGCCGAAAGCAGCAAACCCAGGUCUUCCUCAGGCAGCGAAUCACGCAACUGAUGGACCACACACACACGCGCGUGUUGUGAACCUCCCCCCUGUCUCUCUGUGCCCUUUACCCGUUCCAUGAGUUGUUUCUUCCAGAGGAAGGUGCGGUAGGCCUUUUGUAUGAGCAGGAUGGCGUGUCUUUUGGCGCGUCCGAAGUCGAUGGCCCUCUUGCGGACGGCAAGGCCUUUGAGGUACCGCUGGAUGACACUGACUGCACUGCACUGGGACGCGCGGACACGCACGGCACGCAGCUGGGACUCACAAUCCUGUAGAGUAGAUGAUGGUCAGUCAGGUCAUACAGACAGACAGACAGAAAAGUGCAACCAUUCACUGUCGAUGGUAGAGAGAGGGGACAGGGGGAUGUGUUGCUGGCUGGCUGCCUUGCUCACCUCGAGUAUGGCUUGCUCCUCUUCCAGCUCCUCCCUCUCGUCGAUGUCAGGCUCCAUCCAGCCCUCACUGCCCCUCUCCUUUUCCCUCUCCUUGCUCUCCCUCCGACUCUCCCGCCGACCACCACCACCCCCACCCCCACCCCUCCGCGGCGUCUUGCCGCCACUCUUGGACGACUCAUUGCUCGAGUGGCUCCCGCCAUCGCCCUCAUGCGAGCUGGACGAGUGCGAGCGGCUCCCCCCAGACCUCUCCGUGCGCACGGACCGGUCAAGCAGGCUGGUUCGGGGCGGGUUGACGGCCACGCGUGUCUCGUCGGACAUGGCCUCGAACCGUAUGCGGAACUUGAUGUGUCGCGCGAGGGAGGCCUUGCUCUUGCUGUGCGAGGGGGCGGGCGGGGCUGUGGGGCGCUUUGGCCUGCUUGGUCGGGCGGGGAAUGGCUCGACAGCCAGGUGGGAGGGGGGCGAUGUGGCGAGGCGUUUGGUGCCGCGUGCGGAAGGGGAGAUGGACACACGACGCUUGGCGGCCACAGGCACAGGGCUCAGGAACGGAACUCUCUCUGAUGAGCGCCGACAGAACGCAUGGAAACAUAUGUGUGUGUGUGAGUGCAGCGAAUAGGCGUCGGUUGCUCAGCUCACCCGAGUCGACAAUGACGUGAGCGUCCAGCGCCAGCAGACCCGGGUUGGUCUUGAUGCAGAAGGACCUGUACUCGGGCUGCGCCGAUAUGGGCGAGUGGUAGACGGUCAGCCACUUGAGGGCGGGCGGGGCCAGCAGCCGGGCGAGGGUAUCCCAGUCAUGGAAAUUGUUCUUGUGCGCCCACAGGAUCUCCAGGCUCCUCAGCGCCGCCCACACAUCGUGCCCAGGUAUCACCGACAUCUGACAAUCUACACACACACACACACACACACACACAGAGGCAGAGAGAGGCAUUUGCGUGUGGAUGGAUGGAUGGAUGGAUGUGGGUGCAUCCAUCCCUACCAGCAAUGUCGAGGAACUUGAGUCGCUCCCGCCGCAUGAGCCCCGGGCCGAACACCGUCAUGUCAGGUAUCCUCUUGCCCUCCACCGACAGCAGAAGCAGCGACGCGAACACGCCCCAAUUGUCUUUCAUGCGCCUCGCCGCGCGGGGGAAGCUCCCGGUGGGUGCAUAGAUGACUGCCUGGAGCUCCUCCACGGGCCUGCCUUCGACCGCCUCCCUCCUGGCGACCUUGGCCCUUCGCUUGGUGGCCUCCUUCUCCUCUUCUCUCGCCACGCGGCCCUUUGCGUUCGGCAGGAAGAGUAGGGGGUCAGUCCAUGCCUCCUUGGCCUCCUGCACUUGGGCAUACAGCUCGGACAGAGAUGGCGGGGGUCUGGCCAUGAUUCCCACAGUAAGGGGGGUGUUGCAAAUGGACUCAACCGGAUGACUUUGAUGCUGUCGAGGUGCCAGCGGCCAGUUUGAA